UUCAGGUUCUAUCAUGAUGAAAUGUGAAAAAUGUCUACGGGGGGUGGCUACCUGCUCUAGACAUGGCAAGAAAAACGGUUAAUGGUUGAAAAGGGAGCUCUGGAGAAGCCUGGUUCCCAGUGUUUACCAAGCCAUCAAAAUUUCAAACAAGACGUUAUCUGUCUCCAUGGAUAUCCACCCAGGAUAAACACUGUAUAUCCAUCUAGUAAGCAUAUACUGGUGCCCUUGUCGCUUCAACGGUCCUGUCUCAGCCAGAUGGUGUUGAGCUUCACUCAUCUGCGAGUUGAUGUCUUUGAAGCUGCUGAAGAUGUGCAGGGAGAGUGGAACGGGUGUGAGGGUGGAUGUGCUGGCUCACCUUGUUGUGAAAGGCUGAGAGCGCUUUCCCCUGCUGGCCCGGCCCCAGGCUGCGCCUCUUGGGUAUGCAGUCCCCCGCUCCCUUCCUGUCAUGUGCGGCUUUCGAUUUGAGCAGCGGGACAGUGCAGACGGCUGACAUCUGUGAGAACGCACGUCUCCGAGAGGAAGGUGGAGAGGGAGACCGAGCAAUCGCAGGAAAUGAGCCUGUCUCUGCAUCACCUUUUCCUGGCGUUGUUUUUGCUGACAUUGGGAAAAAAUGUCCUGGGCCAGGAGGAGUGCGCGAAGACGCUCGUCAAGUCCUGCGCGGACUGCAUCAAAUCCGGACCCAAGUGCGCCUGGUGUAAACAGCUGGACUACAUCAAGCAGGGAGAGCCAGAGUGGAAACGCUGCGAUACCGAGGCCAAGCUGAAACAGAGCUUCUGCAAUGAGACAAACAUCAUUUUUCCAAGCAGUCAUCAUAUUCUGCUCGCGAACAAGCCCCUGAGUACAAACAGAAGACACCAGGACCAGAACAAUGUCAGACGUGAGCCAGUCCAGGUUCAACCCCAGGAAGUUCAGCUGCUACUUAGGCCAGGUUUGCAACAUUCUUUUCAAAUCAGGUUCCGUCUGGCAGAGGACUAUCCUGUGGAUCUCUACUACUUGAUGGACCUCUCCUACUCCAUGAACGAUGAUCUUAAUAACGUGAAGAGACUCGGAAAUUCGCUGCUGCGGACUUUGAGACAAAUCACCAGUCGUGCACGGAUAGGUUUCGGUUCGUUCGUCGACAAGACCGUCCUGCCCUUCACGAACACCAACCCAGACCGUCUCAAGAAGCCGUGUCCUGAAAAAGAGAAUCAAUGCCAGCCCGCAUUUGGCUUUAAGCACGUGCUUAGCCUCACAGAAAAUGGGGAUGAAUUCAACCAUGAAGUGGCCGCUCAGAACAUCUCAGGGAACCUGGACCAGCCGGAAGGGAGCCUGGAUGCCAUCAUGCAGUCGGUGGUCUGCGGGGAUAAGAUUGGCUGGGGGAACAGCACUCGACUGCUCGUCUUGACCACAGACGCUGGGUUUCACAUGGCAGGGGACGGGAAACUCGGCAGCAUUUUUGAACCCAACGAUGGGAAGUGUCACUUGGAUGAAAGCCUCACCUACAGCAAAAAUAAUGAAAUGGAUUACCCUUCAGUUGGACAGGUGGCCAAUAAGUUAGCGGAGAACAAUAUCCAGGCCAUCUUUGCCGUCACUAAGAACGUGGAGCCCGUCUACACGAGGCUGAAGGAAAUCAUUCCCAAGUCUGAAGUCGGCGUGCUUUCAAACGACUCCAGUAACGUUGUGGAGCUGAUCAAGGGGGCCUACAAUAAACUGUCUUCCAAUGUGAUUCUGAGCCACGAUGAACUUCCAGAGGGCAUCACAGUCCACUACACAUCAGACUGCGACGGGGGACAUACACCCAGCCCAAGAGGGAUUUGUAACAACGUCGGUAUUGGUAAGGAGGUGGUCUUCACCGUCACAGUAACUGCACUGGAGUGCAUGGAGAAGAAGACCUUUAACAUCGGGCCUCUGGGGUUCAGAGAGAAAACAAAGGUCAACGUGGAGACGCGUUGCCAGUGUGAAUGUGACGACGACUUGAGCGCGGAUAAGAAGCGCUGCAGCGGCCACGGCAGGAUCAACUGCGGCGCAUGCAGCUGCGAUCUAGGCUAUAUGGGUCACAAGUGCGACUGCAAGGUGGGGGACAAGGAUGAAACGCACCUGAAGGAGGCGUGCCGGCCUGACAACAUGACAGCAGAAUGCUCGGGCCAGGGAGAGUGUACGUGCGGCCAGUGUAUGUGUCACUCCGGCGCCGAUGGGAGGAUCAUUUAUGGACAAUACUGCAACUGCAACGACCGGGACUGCGAGGUCCACAACAACAAGCUGUGUGGAGGCAAUGGAAAGUGCCGCUGCAAUGUCUGCAUCUGCGACACGGGCUAUGAAGGCUCCGCAUGUCAGUGCAAGAUAUCCACACAAGCCUGCCGGAAGGGAGACGGGAGCGUGUGCAGCAACCGGGGCAAGUGUGAGUGCAACAGCUGCCACUGCCAAGGUGGCUACAAACCCCCCCUCUGCGAAACCUGCCCCGGAUGUCCAUCGCCCUGCCCUGCCGCUGCGAGCUGUAUCGAGUGUCUGGGCUUCGAAAAAGGCCCUUUGCGCAAGAACUGCACCCAGUCAUGUGGGCACAUCCAGCACAAAACGGUGGCCAACCUGACAGCCAAGAAGCCCUGCAGGGAGAGGGACUCGGAGGGCUGCUGGAUGGUGUUCACCAUGAACGAGCUGAACGGCUUUGACAACUACGGUGUCGUAAUCCUGGACAAAAGAGAAUGCCCGGAGCCCGUGAGCAUCGGGGCUGUCGUCGGCGGAGCGUUCGCUGGAGUGGCCCUCAUUGGAUUGCUCAUACUCAUCACCAUUAAGGGCAUCAUGCGAUACCAGGACCUGCAGGAAUACAAGAAGUUCGAACAAGAAAGGUCAAAAGCAGCUUGGAGUGAAAACGUUAGUCCGAUGUACCAGGCUGCGACGACGACCGUCCUAAACCCCAAUUACACUGGCGACUGAUACGGCGAGCAGAUUCCAGAAAUUAUAUAUUUGUGCAGUAAGAAUUAUGUGGUGUAAAUAAAUAUCCUUGUGUCUGAAGGUCAGCGUGACAGUCGGUACGAGAAUGUAAAUUUGGCCCGGAUGUGUCGUGUGACUUCUGAGAUCGCAGUUCGGGUCACAAAUUUAUUUCAGAAAUUACCUCAGUUCAAAGCGCCAUAAAGUGCAGGUAUCCAAAAAGAAUUAAUA